GGCCAGCUGGAGGCAGACCUGGGGACUUCGCUGGACGGAUUGCAGCAGCCCUAAGUCGAGGAGAAAUUGAACGAAACUGUCCUUUGGAUACUGACUAUGAAGGAUGGCCGUUAAAACAAACUUUAUCGUGGAAGAGCCAGCCAUGCCAGCUGCCGCGUACAGAUAAUGAAAGAUUAAAAGCAGUUAGUCUCCUAGGCCUGAACAGUUUCCCAUCGACUCUCCCUGAGUAUUGCCUACCCUUCCUUCUGUGUAGAGUGGUUAGAAUCAAAUCGGGGCAAAACCCAGUUACUCUAAAAAGACUGCUUCUACUCCUGUUGUUUUUGAGCCUUGCGAUAAGAAAGGAAGGAGUGAGUUUGGCCUUUGCUGGUGGAGUCAAGCAGAGUUGCCAAAUGAUAAAAGUACUGUGUGUGUUUAAUUAUUUGUCAGGCAUGGCGGUGGCAGACCCAUCACAAACGAAAUCAGAGCAACAGUGAAGUCUAAGGGUAGUUCGCACGCGCUCCUUAGAGCAACAUUAAGUGACGGAAAUAGCAGCGAGGAAAAUAAAGUUUCUUGGCCGCUUUAUUUUCCGGGUCCCUCGCAGCCCGGGGAUGUCCGGCGCUCUCCCGAUGGCCAGAUGAUUCGCGGCCGUCCCGCCCCGGCCAACCAGCCGGCGAGUCCUCGGGCCGCCGAGACGCCCAGGGGCUUCGGCGGGUUUGGCGUGGGACUGUCAGCAGCAGCGGCUGCGGCCGGGGAAAGGAAGGCAGUCGGAGGCUCUCCCAGAGGCCCUCUGCCAAGGCCGCGGCCGCGACCCGAGACCGUCCCCCGCCGAGGUCUCGCUCGGCAGGGCGCGGCCCCAGCGCCGCCCGGCUCGCCCCGGAGAGGUGGGACUUUCCCCACCGGAAGUGAUCCCGGCCCGUCUCGGGGAACUGGGGCACCUCAGCCAGUGUGUCAGGGAAACCCUUCCGGGCCGGACGACGCCCGCGGGAGCCGCGGCCCAGAGACCCGCCCGGGCGGCAGUGACUGGAGCCGAGCCCACAGGCCCGGGCCGGCCCGGCGGCGCGAGCAGGAAGCGGGGUCCCUGGGCCCCUUUGUGUGUGCAGGGCGGGGGAGGGGUGCCGGGCCGCCCCUGGCCGCGGGGGGCUCCCGUUUCGCGGCCCCCACCGCUUCCCUCGGGGGCGCGGCGCGUCUCCCCACCCCGCCUCUCCGGGCUUGCCCUCCUCCCCACGCCCCCUGCCUGGGCUUCGGUUCCUAUAGGAAGGGCAUCGCCACCUCAUCCCCACCCACCCGACACUUGGCUCAUUCCCCUCCCCCUCCUCUAACUUCCUCUUCUUCCCCCGUUGGGCCCUCUGCCUCUCCGCACUCUCCUCCCCAGUUCGCAGAUUUCCGCCCACCUUCCGCCUCCCCGAGCCGCCGCGGCUAGCGGGGUGUUCUUUUCCCUCCCUCUGGUAGGAGUUGCUGAAGAUUUCUACCGCAAAGAGAUCGAAGUGGACUCUUCCCCCUCCGUGCUGGAAAUUCUGGACACCGCAGGAACUGAGCAGUUUGCCUCCAUGA